CUUUAGUUUCGGCUUGAUGUAUAAACACACAGGUGAUUGUCCUGUUAAGACCAAACAUUACUGACCAAUGGAAUUUCAUCGACCCUUGCUGCCAAAUGGAGAAAUUGCUCCGCUGUCAUGGGAAAUACGGUUAUUCUUUGUCAAUGUUAGUUGGCCUAUGAAGGCGAAUGCCAAGCUAUUUACAAGGAUCUACGAUAAGGCCACCCUGGUGCUGGGCUUUUUGUUUUUCUGCUACCAAAAUGAGGCCGAGAUGCACUAUGUGGUCAAUAACAUCAACGACAUUGGUCUGGCCUUGGAAGGUAUGGCUACGUACUUGAUACUGGUCGAGACUCAUUUGAGAAUUUACAACAAGGGUCUGUACAAGAGCAGUUUCCGGGAGUUCCUCAAUGAGUUUUAUGCCAAAAUUUACAUGGAAAAGUCCUACAACAUAGAAACCUAUUUGGAUAUCCAACGAAAGCUGUUGCCAACAAAAAUGUGCUCCUAUGCCUAUAUGCUGACACUUGUUACGUAUUUUUUGGUACCAGUUUUGGGCUUCUUUAGCAAUGCCCAUUUGGUGCCCUUCAAGACCAUAUUCCAUUACGACCUUGACAUUUGGUAUUUCUAUUUGCCAACUCUAUGCCUCACCCUGUGGAUUGGAGUGGCCGUUGUCUCACAACUGGCAGCUGAAUCGAAUCUAUUGGCCACCAUUAUUUUACACUUGAAUGCCCGUUAUUUGCAUCUGCAAUCGGAUCUCAAGGAAUUGCAAACCAGACUGGCAUCGGACAUGAAACUCAGCACGGACAAGGUGUUGGGUGAAUAUCGCCGGCAGUUCAUUGAAAUCGUCAAACGAAACGUGGAGUACAAUGACUUUGCUCAAAAGUUCCAGAAUCAGUACUCGUUUUGCAUAUUUGUCAUGAUGGCGUUCAGUGCGGUGUUGUUGUGCGUUUUGGCAUUCAAAGCAGCGACGCUGGGCAUGACUACCAAGAAUAUUACCUUCAUUACCUGGAUAAUAGGUAAAAUUGUGGAAUUGUUGGUAUUCGGCACCUUGGGCUCACAGCUUAUCGAAACGACCGACAAGAUGAGCUCCUGCUAUUACAUGGCCAAUUGGGAGGACAUCAUUUUGAAAUCACCAAAAACCACCGACAACAUUGAACUAAUGAAACUGAUAAUUCUCUCGAUUGAAUUGAAUCAGAAACCUUUUUCAUUAACUGGUUACAAUUAUUUCAGUGUUAGUUUGGCCACUGUGGUGACGAUACUACAAGGAGCUGGCUCAUAUUUUACCUUUUUAUAUGCUUUUCGAUAAAAUCGUAAAGAGAAGAUGCAGAGAAUGGCGCAAGUGAAUGGCAGAGAAUGGUGACCACAAAUUUAUUGUCCAGAUUAGGGGCUUAAGAUUAUUUUCUAAUAUUUAUAUGAUUUUUUUUUCGAAAUGAAAUUUAUAAAGAAAAUGAGAAAAUAAAAUUGAAUAUUAUACUCGA